UUUUAUUUGGCCCGGUGCUUCUUGAGUCCAUUAGAGGAGUGCCAGUAAGUAAACUUUUCGACAUAAACAUAUUGUAACCAAAAAAAUGGAUUUUUAACAAGAAAUAGAAAAAAAUGGAUGUUCCGACCGGAAGUAUCGCAAAAAAGCAAAGUGUUGAAAUGGCUGUUGACGAAUACCCUGGAACAAACAUGACUGCGGGCGAAAGACGGGGUACGACGAAAGUCCCCUCUCGUGAAAAUUGUUUGAAAGGAGUCGUUUGUUUUUUGUCAAUGCUAGCGGCUGUUCUGGCAUUUGCAGCCCUAAAUUAUUUCCAGUUUAGAGAAAUUACCAAUCUGCGUCAGAGAAUUGAAUUUCUGGAAAACGGAUACUACAAGAUUAUAGAGAAGGUAAUAUUUGAACCGCAACCAAACAUUAUCCAAGAACGACAAGCGAGGGGUGGACCUGUUAUGAUAGGGGACAUAACUCUGCAGCAGUUCAUAAGAGACACCGUGGAGCACGAGGUGUUGAAUUCCAACUGCGAACAUUGCCAAACAGUCUCCAGAAUCCGGGCCGUUCCGUUUGACCAACAAUGCUGCUCUGCUCUAUCCAAGCCGGGUAUAUACGGUAGGAACUCAAGCGUGGAAGCAAUAGGCGCCUAUUUCGGACAGACCAUAACACUGCCCUGCAACGGAAGUGGUUAUCCGCCCCCUACAAUUCAAUGGGUGUUCCACUCGCCUAACCAGAGUGCCAGAUAUGUGCCUACUUCCGAUGGCCUGCAGAUACUCAAUGUGCAGCAGGUUGACAGUGGCCGAUUCACGUGCAUCAUGGAAAAUGUUCUCGGGAAAUACGAGAAGCACAUUGACCUCCUUGUAACAGAUCCCGUAGUUGCGACAACAACUCCCAUCAACGUCGACGCGAAAGUGGGAGAGGCAUUCCAAAUAGUCUGUGACGUCAGCGGGAAACCCCCUCCCAUAGUCACAUGGGAACAAAUCCGGGCGGAUGGGACACGAUUUCCAGUUAACAACGGCAUGCAGCUUUCAAUCGGUCGCAAUACGUUGACCUUUUCUGCUGCCAAACCGUCCGAUGCCGGGACUUAUAUCUGUACUGCGCAGAACCAGUAUGAAACGGACCAAGCCCAAACCACGGUGACUAUUAGAGGAUCUCCGGAAAUUGUCAAUCCUCCCCUCUCACAAACUGUUUUUGAAGGUGAAACAGUGACGUUGCGAUGUGACGUCAUCUCAAAUCCGCCUUCAAUGGUGACGUGGACCUACCCUCUGACUGGUAGUCGACCACCAUUGAAUGCUCGCCAGAACCCGGAUAACUCCAUUACCCUCGCUAUCGUCGACAGGUCGAACGCGGGAAGCUACACGUGCACCGCGACUAACGUUGAUGGUACAGUUACGGCACAGUCUUCGCUCAACGUCAUUGAACGGUUAAUGGUCACUGCAAGCCCGCACCUCAUCCCGAUGUACGGCAAUGAAACCUUCCUUAAUCUCCAAUGCUCCUCUUCCGGCACGCCAAAACCUACGGUCACGUGGUCUAGAAGUGAGCAUGGGACCAUUACAGGGAACGGAAAGUACAUUGUUUUGCCGGGAGGUAAUUUGAUCGUGACGGGUGCAAGUCUAAAUACAGACACAGGAAUUUAUAUCUGUUACGGUGAAAACAAUAACGGGAAUAGUUCCGACAAGGUGAUUGCAUACAAAGAUCUUGGCCCUCUGACCUGCUUGACGGUUUUCUCCGACAUGUCCGCAAUGUGUGCCGUGGGACAGUUUUGCGGUGGGACGUGUCCAACAAACUGUGACUUCAGUGCGCAGACAAUCUUUGGAAAUCGAACAUACAGUGAAGACUCGCCGAUCUGCAUGUCGGGCACGCACAAGGGAUCUCUCCCGAACAGUUCCGGUCUGGUGAUUUGGCGCCCAAGAGGAAUUGUCGGCUCCCUGUACGGGUCUACUGCAAAUGGAAUAACCAGUCAAGAUAGGCUUUCUAACGGAACCGCUGUGGUCGCUGUUCUGCCCUCUGGCUAUUCGACUGCAAACCAAGGUUCCUCUGCACCAUUAUUUGGUUGAUACUUGGUUGUUAUGGAUACGUAACGAAUUAAUUAAUGUGAAUAAAUUAUCUAAAGAAAUUA